AAAAAUUUCUGCUUUGCCGUUAGAAGGCCAGAGCUCUAAGAAGUGACGACUCAAAGUUCCCCUGACUUUCUCGGAGUUCCAUUCCUUCAUUAAUCUCGAUCAAUCCAGAUUUCCAGAAUCUCAGAGACUCAGUGGAAACGAAUUUGGAAAGUCAACGCAGUCCACCACUUGGUCAAAAGAUUGAAGCUUGAAGCAUGACCUCGGUUUUAAGCCAAAGGUUUGACCUUUUCAGGGUUUAAGACAAGGACUUCAACUAGGAGCUGAUGAUAUCUGUGAUUGUAGAGUCAUAGAAACUUGACUGAAAUAUGGGCAGUCCCACACGCGUUGGGAAUAUAAGAAAACCCAAAGAGAAAAUGAGGUUUGUUGCGACGGCUUUUGUGGCGAUUCUGUUUGGCUUCUUUCUAGGAGUGUCAUUUCCAACUGUUUCGCUAACUAAGAUGAAUCUCCCAUCCAGCCUUUUACCUUCCAUUGAUCUUUCAUACAUAGAGGACAAGUACUCGGGGUUCUCAACCCAAGCACUGGUGAAUGCCUGGUCUUCUUUGAAGAGCAACAGAGAUAUCUCUGUAAAAUACAUCCCUAAUGAUGCAAAGAUUUGGGUUCCAACAAAUCCUCCAGGGGCUGAAAGACUACCCCCUGGCAUCGUAGAAUCUGAGUCAGAUCUAUAUCUUCGUCGAUUAUGGGGUCUGCCCAGUGAGGACUUAACCAUCAAGCCAAAGUAUCUUGUAACCUUUACUGUAGGCCUUGCUCAGAAACAAAAUAUAAAUGCAGCAGUUAAAAAGUUCUCAGAGAAUUUCACAAUUGUUUUAUUUCACUAUGAUGGUCGGACAAGUGAAUGGGAUGAGUUUGAGUGGUCAAAGCGGGCUAUCCAUGUGAGCAUUCGGAAGCAAACUAAAUGGUGGUAUGCCAAGCGUUUUUUGCAUCCUGACAUUGUGGCAUCCUAUGAAUACAUAUUUAUUUGGGAUGAGGAUCUCGGUGUGGAGCACUUUAACGCAGAGGAAUACAUAAAACUAGUAAGGAAACAUGGGUUGGAAAUAUCACAGCCUGGUUUAGAACCAAAUAAUGGGCUAACAUGGCAGAUGACAAAGCGGAGAGGUCAUAGUGAAGUUCACAUGCAGACAGAGGAGAAACCUGGUUGGUGUAAUGAUCCGCAUUUGCCGCCCUGUGCAGCGUUUGUAGAAAUUAUGGCGCCUGUGUUUUCUCGGGAUGCAUGGCGUUGUGUUUGGCAUAUGAUUCAGAAUGACCUGGUCCAUGGUUGGGGUCUGGAUUUUGCUCUUAGACGCUGUGUAGAGCCUGCACAUGAGAAAAUAGGAGUUGUAGAUGCACAGUGGAUUGUCCAUCAAGGUGUUCCUUCACUUGGAAACCAGGGGCAAGCAGGGAGUGGGAGAGCGCCAUGGGAAGGGGUGAGGGAGAGGUGUAGAAGAGAAUGGACUAUGUUUCAAGCACGGAUGGUUGGUGCAGAGAGAGCAUAUUUUGAAGAAAUGGGAAUUGAUCCCCCAAAUUCAACAGCACGUUAGGGGGUAGCCAAAACUGGCCAGAAGGAACUUGUAGAAUUACCACCCGAGGAGUCUAGAGUAGUUGCAGCGUUACGUUCAUUCAGUCUAGCUUUUAUUGUAGCUUCAUCAGUAUACAGUAACAGCACCUUUUUUUUCCCCAUUUUUUUAUUUUUCUGGCUGUCAUUUUCAUGUGUUAGACUUGGGAUAGUCGCAUCUCAUAUCAAUAGAAUUAGAAUCUUAUCAAUGGAAACAAGACUUUGUAACA